AUGGCUUCAUGGAAAAUAGUUCUGGAGCCUGGCGACGAGGAGAAAAUCGUGUACACUUCAUUCGCCAAUUCCAGAAAGUAUUUCGCCCUUGAUGCUUCUGGAUCUACAGUUGGCAUUCGAUUUAUUUCGGAACACAAUUUUGCAGAUGCAUUUCACGAAGUCUCUAUACGAAAAGAUGAAGAUAGAGUCACGAGAUGGGGUUCCAACUAUGGAGAGGUCCCAAAUUCUGAGGUACACACGCUGGCGGGGUUGGGACAAGAGCUGGGAGUGUUUGAUUGCGCGACGGUGUUUUUGAUUACCUCACAUACAAGGAAUGCACCAAGUCAUGCCAAUGUGUCCGUGGGUAUCACAUCCUAUGCCAAUUGUGCGAAUGCACUAUGCCUAUUCAAAGAUCAAGAAAGCAAUCAAAUCUAUGUAAUAGCCAGCAAAGGCGCUUUUGCAGCAUUAGAUCAAGCAGAAGACCACGAUGCGUGGGAGAAAUUAACCAGUUUUCCCAGCGAAGCAGAGUUGAUCGAAAGAAUUACCGAGCUAGAAAUUCAUGUCCCAACGGCGGAAACAAGAAUUGCAACACCAACUCAGCUCAAUUUGGGCGAAGAAUGGAACACGGCUCACAACAAUUCCCAACCUACCUUGGUAGACAUUGACAUGCUUCUUCGAGCAGGAGUUAUCUCGGAUGAAGAUCGUGAUCUACUCUUUGCAGAUGAAGCACUCGAUGCUCUGCUUCUAGCCUGUAAGUCUCGCGGAAAGCUGAAUGAACUCCGAUCAUUCCUUCUCGCCCAAAAGGUCGAACAAUUGACGAUUAAACUCGAAGACGUAUCCGGCGCUGCGGGGCUCAUUCAUCUUCUCGCUGAUACAGAGAUAUCUAGCGAGACUAGAGCCCUCCUACAAUCCAAACUAAGAAAUGCCCAUGAGGCAAACCGUAAAGCUUAUACCGCAGCUCAAAAUGAUGCACAAUUACAGGCUAUUCGGGAUCGUAAUCGGAAAGCAGAUGCAUCGCUACGUGCUCUAGCUGAUUCGGAAAAGUCUGGGUUUACGGCAGAAAUUCUCUCGAGAAGAUCAAACCGAGCACGACGUGCUGAAAACAUUUCGGCAGACUCUGCAGUGGAUGUUUCGGUGCUAGAUCUUGAAGCCCCAGGCUUUAGAGGUGAAUGCCAGGUUUGCUGCGGGGAUAACGAAGUCCUGUCUAUUGCUCUGAAAGUACUGAGCGCAGAUGCCAUGGCAGCCAAUACCGAUAACUUUGCUCUUGACUUCCCCUUGGCAGCUGGGAGAUUCGAGGCAAACAUGAAUAUACUGUCUAGUCAGUGUAUUUGUUUUCAAUGUGCUUUAUUUGGAAGACCUGGUCAUUCUAUCUACGGAGAAGAAAUUUCGACUGUUAUUCCCACUCUAGGGUACACUGGGAGUAAUAAAUUGUACAUUCACCAGCAGCUUUACAAAGCACUCAAUGCGGGGCUAAAAACUGGGGUUCCAGCUAUGGGACAAUUGUUUGCGACAAUUUUGGAUCGUACGUUGAGGGUCAAGAAGUGGGCUGGCGCCGGCUUUGAAGACGAUAAAGGAAGUAUAGAUGCAGAAAUUCUGCAGAGGAGAAAUGCACUAACUUGGCUUCUGAACAAUAUAAUCUCACAUCUCAGAGUGAGGGAAACAUUCAAUGAACUGGGUCAAUGGACCACCUACCCACUCGCUCUUGCUUGGGCAGCACAAGAUUUUCAAAAGGAAGGCUUAACAUCUUGGUGUAUCAAUUAUCCUGUAGCGGGCUUUAUGCAACUCCUACGUUUCGGAAAAACACUGAAUGUAUUCUCCGACGAGACCAUCACGAAUAUGAAGAAUACCAAAUUCCUGCAUUCAUUCGUCUCAACCUUCCUUGCACGGCUCUAUAAAAACAUGGGUAAACCCCGCGACUGGACAAAACCUCUGUUGGAAAUUCUUUACGUGGAGUUUAAUGACGAUCUAAUUCCAAAAGAUAUGGGAGGCGAUGCAUCGAUCCUAAGAUCAGUACCGGUAUUCUGGAAUACACUGAUGAAAUUCAUGCCUGCAGAAGAUUUUAUUAAAGGUUGGACAGAGGAAGAAUCAAAAAAGAUGAUGUCUCGAAUUCAAAUCCUCGCUUUCUGGCUAGUGUUUUACCAAUUCGCGCAUGCAUCCGCCAAGACCUAUUUUGCACAAUUGCGCUCCAAGGAACCGUUAGCUGUUGUUUUGCUGGAUACAAAAGCCGAGGUUCCUGAAAAUGCUGUUAUUGAGAUACUGCUGAGUAUAUUCAUUGAAUCUAAGCCAGAGUUUAAGAAUGAAGAUGCGUAUACUAGCCACAACAAUGUUGUGGUUCCUUUCGAAAACCCUUUUGGUGCAUCUGUACUCCACUGCGGAGCUCCAGAUUGCGGUAUUUCGUUCCUCCCAGAGGAAGUCUCGUUGAAGCAAAUUGCAGACGGGGAAAUGGAAUGGACACCUCGGCUAUUGGAUCAAGUGAGAAAGAAGAGACGAGAUCAUCUUAUCGACAUUUUUGGCAUCCUCGGAAAAUCUGAGAUCGAAAAAGAAUCAAGUGAAACGGGAUUACCAGGUGUAACAAAAGUCCCAUCAAGACCACGUGAAGUCCACAAUUGUAUGCAUAUAGGAACUGUCAAAACGUGGGCUACACUGACGCGCAAGGAGAAGAGGAAUUUGACAGGUGCCAUUCAAUCUUCGUGGAUGGGUAAUUGUGAUGAAGAGGAUGAGAAAGUGAUUGAAGAGUUCGUAAUCAAAGCGAGGAAAUGCAUAUGUGGGGUUGGGAGGGGCAAUGUUUAUUCGGCGACACUGGAGAGGGAUAUUAGGGCAGUGUUGCCCAGCUUUCUGGAGGUUUUGAAGGUGGGGUUGGCGAUGGAGAAGAAAGAGGGGAUGUGCGAGGAUGUGAGUUUGUAUGAGUUCGAUUUUGGAGAGAAUAGGGUGGUGAGGAAAAUCAGGUGGGAGGUGGAAUCUUUGAGGAGGAAAGGGCUUGUGUAA